CCGAACAACAAGAUCCAGACUGCUUGCUCUUUUUUGAUUCUUCUUUGGUACGAUAAACAGCUUUAGUUCGUUUACUAGACUGAUGGAAAAAGAAAAGAUGAAUACCUCGACCGCUUUAAUUGUGGCUUUCGUUCUGUGGUUCAUUCGUUACGUACGAUCUGACUGCAGUCUUGGUUUGGGAAUGAUCACAGGAGACAUCCGGGACUCUCAAAUAACCGCCUCGUCUUCAUACUCAGAGUGGACGCAGCCAUUCGCCGGCAGACUUUGGAACACGAGGCGCCCUCAUGGCCAAACUUUCGGUGGCUGGUGUGCGACAGAUUGGGAUCGCACUCCAUAUUUACAAAUUGAUUUUGGACAGGAAAGUGUCAUAACAGCUGUGGCCACCCAAGGAUUGGAUUAUCCGUCGGGAAACUGGGUCAAAAAGUACUCCUUAAACUACAGUUGUGAUGGAAUGAAUUGGGAAACAUACCAAAAUAUGGACAAAGAUACGAGGUUGCGCGGGAACAAGGAUGACAGCUCAGUAGUGACAAACAAGUUGGAUAAGGCUAUCAUAGCACGAUUUAUUAGAAUACUUGUACGAGAAUGGAAUGAAUAUGGCAUCGUUUGCAUGAGAGUUGAAAUGUAUGGCUGCAACACAGAAGAGGGUGGAUAUAAAGACUGCAACGCUGCUGCCGGAAUGGAAAGGGGCCAGAUAUCAGAUAAACAAGUGACAGCAUCCAGUUUUAUUCAGGGGCACCACCCGCAUCAAGGCCGCCUCAAUAACGUUUUCAAGCAGGUCAAUGGCUCUGCUCUUUGGGGAAGCUGGUGUGCACAGAACGUGGACACGACGCAGUAUAUCCAGGUUGAUUUGAAAGAACUUCGUAACAUCUCUGGCGUUGCGACACAAGGAUCUGUUAGCAUGGGGACCUGGGUAACAGAAUACACGCUAAAUUAUAGUUCAGACGGCUUACAAUGGCAAACGUACAGCAACGAAACUGGAAUAGCAAUGACGCUGCGAGGAAACUGGGACGAGGUGACAGUUCAUAAGAACAUGUUUAAGCGACGCAUAAGCGCGCGUUACCUCCGUUUUAAUCCAAGGGCCUGGACACCACUCGGGCAGAUUUGUAUGAGGGUAGAAAUUUACUUGUGCCAGAUUUAUCAAGGAUGUUCCAAGCCCACAGAGCGGAGUCCAACCGAAACUUCAACAACCUUCUCCGACAAGACAUUUCCUUCCACAAGAAAAUUAACACCCAGUGCGACUUUAAAAUCGUCUACAAAACGUACAAACCCGACUGUUGCAAGCGAAAGCGUAGCUAGAAAACUUUACUCCAAAGGAUUCAGAAGAAAAACGACUGACACCAUUUGCCUUAUGGCUGCGUGGUUAUUGCUGAUGGUAAAUUUGUUAGUGGAUUAACUAAUAACAAGCAAAUUGGAUUUUAUGUUCAACUGGGAUUUUAUCAGGGACACAAGCAAAGAAAUGCGCUUCAUUAAAUGAUAAAGAAGUCAGAUAAAGAAUAAAGCUGAUAUACUGCUCCAAGUUGAAUAUUGCAGAGUUAAACUGGGGUUAUGUCGACCGAAUGAGAACAACUGCACAAAAAAUAUUUGGAAGGCUUCAAGACCUACAAGGCACCAUGUAAAAUUUCCUGUAAAAAGAUUCUCAGAGGAACGGUGAAAAUAUCCAGAAUGGGGCAACAGUGAUAAAACAAAAAGCGCAGUUUAAUUUGAUACAGAGUAAAAAAAAUUAUGAACCACUAAAGCUACGUCUUGAAUAAAUACGUAUAAAAAUAAAUAUCUUAUUUCACAAGGA